GUUGGAUAACGGCGUUGCCAAAAAACGGGCCCAGAGCUGCCGCACAAUUUUUUGGCCAUGUACAUAAUUACUCAUUAAAUUAGCAGCAGCAGCAGCAUUAAUUAAUUAAUUCAAACGAAAUUAGCCGACAACCUGAACGCGAGUUAGAAAUUGUGAAUACGAGUAUGUGCAUUGAAAUUCAAAAGGCAUAAGCAUAUUAAGCAAAACGUGCAGCAUUGGACGAAAUUCUUAUAAUAAAUAGAACAACAACAAUAGCAAUACUUAGCAGCAGCAGCAGCAGCAACAAGCAUAGCAUACUUUUUUGGCCACCGGAAACGGAAAUGCACAGAGCGCCGCCAACGACGCCCUCUACGAGCAACAACAACAACAACGGCACCGCUAUCUGCCACACACACAUGUAGCCCACCUGCAAGUGUGGCUGUGUGCCUGUCUGUGCGUGUGUGUGUGUGUGCGAGUGGAGAAGCAUUUAAAAUUCCUGCAAAAAACAAAUUGUUGCCUCGCGCCGGAAGCGCUCACCAUUAAACAAAUCGGGCUACCAACCGACCAACCGGCCAGCCAAACAGUCGACCGCUAGCCCGAACUCUUGGGCUUUUGGACCGGUGCCAGGACAGGCUAGAAGCAGCAAAUCAUUUCCACUCGCCCAGUCGAUAAGAAAAUCAUUCAAAAUUCAUCGUCUAAGCAAAGCGGAUGCGCCGUCAAUGCUGCACUCAAGCAGGCAAUUCAAUGAGUUUUACUUGAAUUAGAGCAAACCCAAAGCCAAUCAAAACGUGCAUAUCAAUAGAGCCCAUACCAAAAGCGAAGCAAGCAAGCAAAAAAAAAAAACCGCAAUCAAAUACGAGGCAUUUAAAGAGCUUAAAGAACCAGAGAACCGAAAGAGCAAAACACAGAACACAGAUUUUAGCGACAAAUAGCUGCUCUCUGCCGCCGUAGUGUAUGCAUGCCGCGGAUCAGCCGCGGAUUAUGUCACGUGACGAUUAUAAUCCAGUGACUAGCUCUGGUGUGCGCAGCCCUGGUCGUGUGCGGCGACUACAGGAAUUGCCAACGGUUGAUCGUUCACCAUCACGGGAUUACGGCGCACGCGGAAGCCCUCUAGCAAUGGGCAGUCCAUACUAUCGCGACAUGGAUGAGCCCACAAGUCCUGCCGGGGCGGGACAUCAUCGCAGCCGCAGUGCCAGCAGACCACCGAUGUCACACGCCAUGGACUAUCCAAGAACCCGCUAUCAAUCGCUCGAUCGAGGUGGACUGGUGGAUCCACACGAUCGUGAGUUCAUACCCAUACGGGAGCCUCGCGAUCGCUCACGCGACAGAUCACUAGAGAGGGGUCUGUACCUGGAGGACGAGCUCUAUGGGCGGUCGGCGCGGCAGAGCCCCAGUGCUUUGGGAGGCUAUAAUACGGGCAUGCCCACCUCAGAUCGUGCGUAUUUAGGAGAUCUUCAGCAUCAGAACACAGAUCUGCAACGAGAGCUUGGCAACCUGAAGCGGGAGCUGGAGUUGACGAAUCAAAAACUUGGUAGUUCCAUGCAUAGCAUCAAGACCUUCUGGUCGCCCGAACUGAAAAAAGAGCGAGCAUUGCGCAAGGAGGAGAGCGCCAAGUAUAGUUUGAUUAAUGACCAGCUCAAGCUGCUCAGCACAGAGAACCAGAAACAAGCGAUGCUCGUGCGGCAACUGGAAGAGGAGCUGCGGUUGCGCAUGCGGCAGCCGAACCUGGAGAUGCAGCAGCAAAUGGAGCAGAUCUAUGCUGAGAACGAUCAUCUGCAACGGGAGAUUAGCAUAUUGAGGGAGACGAUCAAAGAUCUAGAGUGUCGAGUUGAGACGCAAAAACAGACGCUAAUAGCGCGUGAUGAAAGCAUUAAGAAAUUGUUGGAGAUGCUGCAAGCCAAAGGCAUGGGCAAAGAAGAGGAGCGUCAAAUGUUCCAGCAAAUGCAAGCAAUGGCACAAAAACAGAUGUACAAUAACUACGCCGGCGUCAGCGGAAGUCCCCCACUGCCAGAUAUUAUCGGACAAUACUACGGCCCGGGCGCCUAUGGUGCGCCCAACGGAGCGCUAGGCUAUGGCAGCGCCAGCAACGCCUAUGAACUGUACGGCCCCUCCACAUCGGCGGGCUAUCUGUACGACCCGACGGCAACCGCGGCAGUCGCCCAGCUGUACGGCCAGAGCUCACCCGUGCGUCGACGACGCUACAGCAUCGCAGGAUUGCCUUCGGCGACCAUGUACAACGAUUUCUAUGGCUAUCCGGCGCCACCACUGCAACAGACCUCCUCAUCAAAUAUUGUCAAUCUGCUGAACGAGGCGCACAAAUCUAUAUCGCGCUCCUCGCAAAUUCUCAACCUGACGCACCAGGCGCGUCAGUUGGGCCAGCUAGGUCAGCCCGUGACCCCGUUGUCUGCCUACCCCGGCCGCAUCGUCUCCAGCUACCCCACGCUCCAUCCGGGGGACACUUCGCCCCCGUAUCUCAACGACAACCUGCUGCAAAUGUCCGCGAGUUUCUCCUCGCAGCCAAACAUGUACUUCCAGCCACCCGCGCAGCCACCCCCGCCACCACAGCUGACCGCUGCGCAAAGCGCCGCUGCUGCAGCGGCCCGCCUGCGUCCCGCCUACUCUGUCUCGAAUCUCAAUUACUUGGGCGGUGGAGGCGUCGGCGGCGGCGGAUACACGAACAAAUAUGGCAUGGGUGCCGGUGCCGGUGUCGGUGUCGGUACUGGCGCCUACGCGAAUCCCUAUCUCAAUCAGAGCGACCUGCAUGCCUCCUCCUACGCGCCCCUAGGGCUCGGCCUAUCACCAGCCCAGCAGCGCCAGCUCAUGUCACACUCACUGCAUGCCUCCAAUCCCGCCAUUUCGCAGUAUUAUCAGCAACACCAGCAUUCGCUGGCGCCGCCCGCGAGCUCCGCGCUCGCCUACAACCUGCACCAGCAGUUUGCGGGCACGCAACAUUAUGCGCAGCAGCUCGGCGCCGGCGCUCAGCUACCCGCCUCGCACAUCCAGGCCUCCGUGCAGCAGCAAAUGCAUCCGCAGUACCAAUACCAUGUGCAUCAGCAUCAGAAUCACCUGCAAACGCAUCCGUUGGCGGCGCUCGCCAACACCAGCGGGCCGUUCGGUGGCACGCUGGCGAGCAGCGCACGCGACGCGAUGGCAAGCACGAGUGCCGGUGGCCUCUACGAUGCACUGCAUCAUCCGCAUACGCAUCCGCAUCAGCAUUCGCAUCCGCAUUCGCAUGUGCAUCACACAACGGGCGCGCUGCCGUCGUCGGUAUCUGCGCUCGGCCAUCAUGCCUCAACAUACCCGCAUUCGCAUCACCAACAACAGCAACAACAACAAGUACACCAUCACCACUUGCCAUACUCGAAACUAGAUUUAGAUUACCCGAAACUGCCGCAAGAGCAUAAGCGACAAUUGGACGAGUUUCGUCUUGAAAUACAAAGAAGGGAUCAGGAAAUCCUGGCGAUGGCGGCCAAAAUGAAAACAUUGGAGGAGCAGCAUCAGGACUAUCAGCGGCACAUAGCGGUGCUCAAGGAGUCGCUAUGUGCCAAAGAGGAGCACUACAACAUGCUGCAGACGGACGUGGAGGAGAUGCGGGCCCGCCUCGAGGAGAAGAACCGCCUGAUCGAGAAGAAAACACAGGGCACACUGCAGACGGUGCAGGAGCGCAAUCGACUAACCAGCGAACUGACCGAGCUGAAGGAUCACAUGGACAUUAAGGAUCGCAAAAUCAGUGUCCUGCAGCGCAAGAUCGAGAAUCUCGAAGACCUGCUCAAGGAGAAGGACAACCAGGUGGACAUGGCGCGCGCUCGCCUCUCGGCCAUGCAAGCCCAUCACAGCAGCUCGGAGGGCGCACUCACCAGUCUGGAGGAGGCCAUCGGCGACAAGGAGAAGCAAAUGGCUCAGCUGCGUGAGCAGCGUGAUCGCGCCGAGCACGAGAAGCAGGAGGAGCGCGAGCUCCACGAACGCGAAGUGGCCGACUACAAGAUCAAGCUGCGCGCCGCCGAGAGCGAGGUGGAAAAGCUGCAGACCCGACUCGAGCGAGCAGUCAACGAACGCGAGCGACUCGAAAUCAAACUGGAAGCCUCCCAGAGCGAGCUUGGCAAAUCGAAGGCCGAGUUGGAGAAGGCCACCUGCGAGAUGGGACGCAGCAGCGCCGACUGGGAGUCCACUAAGCAGCGUAUCGCCAGGCUGGAGCUGGAGAACGAGCGGCUGAAACACGAUCUGGAACGUUCGCAGAAUGUACAGAAAUUAAUGUUCGAAACGGGCAAGAUAUCGACCACGUUCGGACGCACCACCAUGACCACGUCCCAGGAGCUAGACCGCGCUCAGGAGCGAGCAGAUAAGGCCGCAGCCGAGCUGAGACGCACACAGGCCGAGCUGAGAGUCACGCAGUCGGAUGCGGAGCGGGCACGAGAAGAGGCUGCCGCCUUGCAAGAGAAACUCGAGAAGAGCCAGGGCGAGGUCUAUCGACUGAAGGCGAAACUGGAGAAUGCACAAGGCGAACAGGAGAGUCUGCGCCAAGAGCUGGAGAAGGCGCAGAGUGGCGUCUCCCGCAUACAUGCCGAUCGCGAUAGGGCCUUCUCCGAGGUCGAAAAGAUCAAGGAGGAAAUGGAACGCACACAAGCGACGCUGGGUAAGGCGCAGUUACAGCACGAAAAGCUACAGAACUCACUGGAUAAGGCGCAGAACGAGGUCGAUCAUCUGCAGGACAAACUGGACAAGGCGGGCGCCGAGAACCGGCGACUGGUGCUCGAAAAGGAGAAGCUCACCUACGACUACGACAACCUGCAGUCGCAGUUGGACAAGGCACUGGGUCAGGCGGCCCGCAUGCAAAAGGAACGCGAAACCCUCACCCUGGACACGGACCGCAUUCGCGAAAAGUUGGAAAAGACACAGAUGCAACUAGCGCGCAUACAGAAGGAACGAGACCAGUUCUCCGACGAGCUGGAAACGCUCAAGGAGCGCUCGGAGUCCUCGCAGACAUUGCUCAUGAAGGCCGCCCGCGAUCGCGAGGCCAUGCAGACUGACUUGGAGGUGCUGAAGGAGCGCUAUGAGAAAUCGCACGCCAUACAGCAGAAACUGCAGAUGGAACGCGACGACGCCGUAACCGAGGUGGAGAUACUCAAGGAGAAGCUUGACAAAGCUCUUUACGCCAGCCAAAAACUGAUCGAUGAGAAGGACACCUCUAACAAGGAGUUCGAGAAGAUGCUUGAGAAGUAUGAUCGGGCCCAAAACGAAAUAUAUCGACUGCAGUCACGCUGCGACACAGCCGAAGCCGAUCGUGCCCGACUCGAGGUCGAGGCGGAGCGUUCAGGACUGGCCGCCUCCAAGGCCCGCGAGGACCUGCGGAAACUGCAAGAUGAGAGCACGCGUCUGCAGGAAGCCUGCGAUCGUGCUGCCCUUCAGCUCAGCCGCGCCAAGGAGUGUGAAGACAAUGCGCGCAGCGAGCUGGAGCACAGUCGCGAUCGCUUCGACAAGCUACAAACCGACAUCAGGCGGGCACAGGGCGAAAAAGAGCACUUCCAGUCCGAGCUGGAGCGUGUCACCUACGAGCUGGAGAGGGCACAUGCUGCCCAGACAAAGGCCAGCGCCAGCGUUGAGGCCGCCAAAGAAGAGGCGGCGCACUACGCCGUCGAGCUGGACAAAAUGCGCGAGCGCUACGAGAAGAGCCAGGUGGAACUGCGAAAGCUGCAGGACACAGACACGUUCGGACGCGAGACCCGUCGCCUCAAGGAGGAGAACGAGCGACUGAGAGAGAAGCUCGACAAAACGCUCAUGGAACUGGAGACCAUACGCGGAAAGUCACAGUAUGAGUCCGAGUCCUUCGAGAAGUACAAGGACAAGUACGAGAAGAUCGAAAUGGAGGUACAGAACAUGGAGUCGAAGCUUCAUGAAACUAGCCUACAGCUGGAGCUGUCCAAGGGCGAAGUGGCCAAACUUCUAGCCAACCAAGACAAGCAGCGAAGUGAGCUGGAGCGUGCUCAUAUCGAGCGCGAGAAAGCCCGCGACAAGCAUGAAAAACUGCUGAAGGAGGUCGAUCGUUUGCGUCUACAACAGUCCUCGGUGAGCCCCGGCGAGCCGGUUCGCUCGUCCGUAUCCGCGGGCGAGCGCCAGGAAAUCGAUCGGCUGCGAGAUCGCCUUGAGAAGGCGCUGCAGUCGCGCGAUGCCACUGAACUGGAGGCCGGUCGCUUGGCCAAGGAACUGGAGAAGGCACAAAUGCAUUUGGCGAAGCAGCAGGAGAACACAGAAUCAACGCGUAUCGAGUUCGAGCGCAUGGGCGCUGAGCUGGGACGUCUGCACGAUCGCCUCGAAAAGGCCGAGUCGGAGAAGGAGGCACUACGCCAGCAGACCCGUAAUGGAGCGGCCGGCGGAGCCGCACACCCGCAGCUCGAAAAACACGUACAGAAACUGGAAAGUGACGUCAAGCAACUGUCCAUGGAGCGCGAGCAGCUGGUACUGCAGCUGGAGAAGAGCCAGGAGAUAUUGAUGAAUUUCCAGAAGGAGCUGCAGAACGCCGAAACCGAAUUGCAGAAGACGCGAGAGGAGAACCGCAAGCUGCGCAAUGGACAGCCCGUGGCUCCCGCAGCACCCGCCGAAAUUCAAGCUAUGCAAAAAGAGAUUCAGGCCAUGCAGCAGAAGCUGCAGGAGUCUGAAAAGGCCCUGGCCGCCGCCGGACAGCAACAGGCGGCGGCUGCUGCGGCGGGCACCCAAGGUGCUAGUCGCGAAGAGAUCGAGCAGUGGCGUAAGGUCAUUGAGCAGGAGAAGAGUCGGGCAGACAUGGCGGAUAAGGCGGCGCAAGAAAUGCACAAACGCAUACAGCUAAUGGACCAACACAUAAAGGAGCAGCAUGCCCAAAUGCAGAAGAUGCAGCAACAAAUAGCACAACAGCAACAGCAGCAGCAACAACAAACGGCAGCAGCCGGCGGCGGAGUGGAUCCCAAAGAGCUGGAAAAGGUCAAGGGUGAGCUUCAGGCCGCCUGCACGGAGCGCGACCGUUUCCAACAACAGCUCGAGCUGUUGGUGCAGGAGCUGGAGAAAAGUCAGAUGUCCAAUCAAGAACAGGCCAAACAACUACAGACCGCGCAGCAGCAGGUGCAACAAUUGCAGCAACAGGUUCAGACGUUGCAGCAACAAAUGCAACAACUGCAGCAGGCUGGCAACGCGGGUGCGGCUGCCACAGAUGUGCAGCGCCAACAGCUGGAGCAACAGCAGAAACAGCUGGAGGAGGUGCGCAAGCAGAUAGACAACCAGGCCAAGGCAACCGAGAGCGAGCGCAAGAUAAUAGACGAGCAGCGCAAACAGAUCGAAGCCAAGCGCAAGGACAUCGAGGACAAGGAGAAAAAGAUGGCGGACUUCGACGUGCAGCUGAGAAAGCGCAAGGAGCAAAUGGAUCAGCUGGAGAAGUCGCUGCAAACCCAAGGUGGUGGUGCAGCCGCAGCGGGUGAGCUCAACAAGAAACUGAUGGACACACAGCGACAGCUAGAGGCUUGCGUCAAGGAGCUGCAGAACACAAAAGAGGAGCACAAGAAGGCGGCAACCGAAACGGAACGCUUGCUGCAAUUGGUACAAAUGUCACAGGAGGAGCAAAAUGCCAAGGAGAAGACCAUUAUGGAUUUGCAACAAGCCUUAAAGAUCGCUCAAGCCAAAGUCAAACAAGCACAAACACAACAGCAACAACAAGAUGCUGGACCCGCUGGCUUCUUAAAGAGCUUUUUCUAAGCAGUGUCGACACACACACACAUACACACACACAAAGAUGUACACACACAUACAUACUAAUACACUUGUACUAUUUACGACAAGAAAAAAGCACUGUCAACUAUUUUGUAUACUACCGACUAUGCAGUAUUUAUACUACACUCACACAUACACAUACAAAUACACAUACAGACACAGAUAAAUAGGCGUAGGCUUAAGCGUAUGUAAAUGCGAACAUUUUAUUUGGUAUUUAUACAUAAAUGUAAAAUGUAUUUAGGCUGCCGCUAUACUCAAAUUAUGAAUGCAUUUAAAUGUCUGCUCUUAACUGUAUUUGUAAACUUUCUCUCUUGCAUACCUACACGCACUCUCUCUCACUCUCUCUAUGAUCUCAACGACCGAAAGUGUCCCUCCCCCUUGCUCUCUACCACUCUCUCUCUCUCUCUCUCUCUCUCUCUAUCUGUAUAGUUAACAUAAUGUCUCUUGAACUUUUGACUAACUUACACUCUACACAUACGAAAUAGCCGCCGAUGCGCUGAAGAGUAGACCACGUUCCAGGCACUGCAUCAAAUAGAUUUUUCUCUCGGCACUUACAGACGAGCAAGCAGCAAGUACACUACCGUUGCAGAAGAGGCGCACAUGUGAUUCAUGAAAAAACAAAAACAAAAACAAACAAACAAACAACAAAUGAGAAAAAUAACAUUGCAAAUUAAUAAUAUGUAUAAUUAAAUGAGAGGCAGCAUACACACACAUGCAAGCAUGCAUGUAUGUAUGUAUCAAUUAUUAUUGGGGCGCCGCAGCAUGAGAGUUAUCAAUGAUUUUAUAGUUAAUUAUAUGCUAGCCUCUGAUAUAGUUAGUUAAAAUGAACAAAUGCGAAACAAACACAAUACAAUACAACACAAUACAAUACAACAAAACUAUACACAGAUACACAAAUACAAGUAUAUCGCUGUACAUAAAGCAUAGGCAUGAUAUCGUACAUAAAAUAUAUGUAGAGCAAUAAAUUAAAUUAUACGUACAUAUAGUAUAUACCACAUAAUAAUUAAAACUAUAUGUGUAUAUUGUAGUUACAUUUAUGAGCAUUACAAAUAUAUUGCGUAGCCUUUAGACGUGUACCAAAGAAUUAGAAGAAAAUUGAUCGAGGAGUUCGAACACAAAAGCAAACAAAGCCUAUCCGUACAUACUAUACAACUAGUGAAAUAAAACUGAUUGAUCUUGCAAAUUCAAAUCGAAAUCGCUAUAUUUUAAUUAGUUAAAUUUACACGGUAAUAUUUUUCCUUAGCCUCAAGCGUAGAUCGAACUCUUCCUUGAGUGAUAGCGCAAUUUCGAUGAAGGACAGUGGGGGUAGUAGUGGCUGCUGUUUUUGUUUUGUUUUCUCCGCCAACGGCUUUUCCAGUGCGCUCUAGGCUUGCUACACUUGUAAUAAUUACAUAUACCAAUAUAUAGGAGCGAUAAAUAGAGAAAUUCAUCUGAUAAUAAUAGCUAACAAUUCCAUUUCGUUAACGAAUAUUUACCCAGCUACAUGGCUUACAGUUUGAUUAUCGUUUCCACUUCUGCAAUUAUUUAUAGGGUUCAGUUGUUGAACAAUUUAACAAAUGGCUAGGCAAUACAAUAUAAGAAUUGAUUCAAAUGCAAAUGCAAAUGAAAAUGCAAGAAAUUAACAUGAAUAAUAAUAAUAAUAAUAACAUAACAAAAUUAUCACUGCCAAUAUUCGCAAAUAGUCGAAGGAAGCCCCUUUAUAGAAAUAACAUCAACAAAUGACUUGAAAUUAUAGGUACUUACAUAUAAAUAAAUCGAAAUAUACUAUAUGUUCAAAAAAGUUGCAAUAUUUAAAAGUAUUUAUUAAAUACAUACAUAAAUACAUACAAACAUAUGUAUAUGAAAUUAUAAAACUUACGUUGCUUUAAAGUCUUACAUUUAAAGUUGAACUCAUGACAUUCAAACAAAACAAACACAAUCAUAUCAUAUAACUGAAUAUCACGCAGUGAAAUAUUAAAGCUUGACUAUAUAAAUAGAGAGAAACCAAGGUUAAACAAGCAAAGGAUGUCAGCAGAGUCAGAAGGUAGCGCAACAAAUGUUUAGAAGGCAUUAUGAAAUAUACAAAUACGAGUACAUUUAAUUAUUAUUAUAUUAAUAACAAAUUAGCUAACUCUCUCGCGUACAUCUAAUGGUCAUGAAGACCAUUAAGGAAGGUCGACUGUCCAUUACCAUUACCAGUAACAUUACCACUAACAUUACCAAUACCAUUACCACAACCAAACCAAUUCAAACGAAACCAAAACCAAACCAAAAGCAAUUUGCCAGCGCCUAAUUAGUAAUCGAGUAACCAAUUUAGUAAAUUUACAAUAAAAUAUAUGAAGCGAUAACUGAGAAAUUUGUAUUGCAUAGACGCAUUCGUUUAGCUUUUAUCAGGAGACUAUAGUAUAUGGAACAUACUCGGACUCGAACUCGAACUCAAGCUCGAGACUCAGGACUCGGACAUCGUGUGUGUAUGUAUCUGCAGUUAAAUGACCAAUUAAAUUAUGUGGGAAGCUUUCUAUAUGAAUAAAUCAAUAAAUCGAUAGCUCGGUAGAUCGAUAGACCGCGUGAUCGGCAAAUCAUAUAUUUCAUUACGUUAAUAGCUCACAAUAAAUUCAAAUACCUAGACCUACCUUAACAACAACAAACAUUUAUAGAAAAUAAAUUAAAUUAUAUACUCGUAUAUAUGUAUGUAGCUUAUAUGUGUAUAUGAAUGUACAUUAUUUGGUCGCCGCUAUGGAGGCGCCAUCACGAGUUACAAGUCAAGUAAUACAAUAGAAAAAGUUUUGUGUACAUAAUUGAGGGCCACCUCGCCCACAGAGUUCCUAGUGGGGGAACGACGGGCAACAAACGAUGUAGAAGUCGACUAAUAAGUAAGAGAUCGCAACCAUUAUCGUUAUGUUUUCCGCCUCUAAUGUAUAGCUACGAGCAUGUAUGUACAUAUAUUCAAGGUCGGUCGAGGACCCUACUUAUCUUUAAUAGACAUCUCACAAAUUAUCAAAUACCUACUAACAUACAAAAGUAUGUAUAUAUAGUACAUAUAUAGUAUAUUGACAUUCGAAUGAACCACAAACACAAGUCACACACCAACACGCACACCGUUCAAACAAGCAAUCGACGACAAAUCAACACGCUAUCUCGAGUAGAUAGUACAGUGGCUCCCAAACUGUGGGCCAACAUCCAAUUACAGUUGCAGAUACUUACAAAAACGAACACAAACAUUGACAAUACAUAUUUUUCGGUACACACAUGGACACAAUCACAAAUAUAGAGAGAUACACACACACACACACACAGACACACACCCAUACAUACAUACAAACUUAUAUAGCUACGUAUACAAUAAGAUUUGUUGAUCAACGUAGAUAUUUUGAUACAAAUCGGCGCAAAUGGAAGCCCACAUAUCUACAAGAUACUGUUAAAAUAAAACAAAAUGAAUGUACAAAAGCAUUAAUUAACAAUAACAAUAAUCAUCUCUACAACAACAACAACAACAAUAACAAAAGCAAGAAAAAUAUAAGAGCAGAGCAGUUAGGAAGAUUGUGCAGAUUUUAGGAGAAAUUUAAAUUUGGAUGCAUUGGAAAGUAAAGCCGAAACAUUUGCCUUUGACGUACUACUUAGCCCAAAAAUCCUUUGAUCGAACAAACAACUAACGGUACAUAGUCUAUAUAUACAUACAUGCAUAUACAUAAAUAUAUAUACAUAUAUACAUACCUAACUUAAAGGAAAUAAGCAAAAACACUUUAAUCAUAUUAUCCCCGCCGUCGUGUACCCUACUUAAUACUUAAACUAUCUAACUAAAACGAAUGUAUGUGUGUACAUAUGUACAUUCGUACAGGAAGUGCGAGAGAUGAACAAAGGAAAGCUUCAACUUUUUCUAUACAAAACUAAAAACUUAAAACAAAAACUAAAACUAAAAGCUCGAAACUGUAAUUAGCAAACUUAGUACUACUUAGAUAGAGGCACACACACACACUCACAUAUACACACUCACCAUCCAUACUACUACUACUACUAUAUACACUAACAGAAUACGGCAGCUGCAAUGAUGGCAUGUGGACGAGGACGAGAAGGCGGGCGCGGACGCGGACGCGGACGAGAAUGAGGAUGAAGAUGAGGAUGGGAAUUAGAAUUAGAAGGAGGCAUGUAAAGUUGGGCUCCGAGCUAGUCUACAGCAACAAACUAUGAAUUUAUACGCGAGCAAUGUUGAGAAACAUAUGUAGGCUACAGAAAUGUUAAUGUUAUAUAUACAUAUGUAUAUGUUUUCAAAUUUUUAUUUUAAUGUUGUUAUCGAAAGCGACCCAAACGUUGAAAAGCAAAAAGAAGCGCAACCGGCAACCGCAAUGAUCUAACAACUACAUGUUUAAAUUUUGUGUACAUACUAGACUACAAAUAAAACAUAUGCCUAGAUAUUACAUCAAUAUCUAUUAAUGAAUAAUAAUGUACAACCGUAUAAAUAAAUAAAUAUUAAAGCGCAAAUAUAUAUAUACAUAUAUAUACACGUAUACAUAUGUACAUCAGUCUGUCAGGCAUUCCGAAUGAGUUCAUCAGCAAAUAAAUAAGCAACAACAAACAUUACAGAUAAAUGUAUGUACUAUAUGUAAGCAGUUGAUCUCGCACGAUAAAGACGAUAAACCUCUAAGUAACAUAGGCAAACGGAAGAGAAACAAAAACAAAACCAAAACAAAACCAAAACAAAACCAAAAACAAAAAGAGAAACAAUAGAAGCGGCAAAUUUCGUGUACACAUUUUUUAACAAGUUCGGUGAUCUACGAUAUUGAUAAAUAUUAAAAUAUUUAAUAUUAACUAAAAAUAUAAUAUUUAUAAAUAAAAAUAUAUAUACAUCUAUAUGUAUACUCUCUGGCUAUUGACUGAUCGGCUAUAUCACAUUUGGCUCCACAAACAGGUAGAUGAUUCAUUCUCCUAAGUACCAAAUGCAAUUAAUAUUUACAUAUAACAUUUCUUUGGCUCCCUUCUUCUUAACUUCACCAUUCGUGGCAUUUACUUGUUAGACUACGAAUGAAUCAUCAGUCCAGAAACAAAUACAUACAAGUAUAUGUAUAUGUAUAUGAGAGAAUCGAUUU